UAGACAUAUCUUAAUAGUUGGAUACGAUUGGACGAGCAAAAAUAAGUGAAAAGGAAAACAGUGCGAAGACUGAAGAAACAUCCCAGUGGCGCCCUAUCGAAAAGGCGUAAGAUAGACGUAAAGUUUUGGGUCAGCUGUUGUUGUAAGCGACACGAUGCUCACAGGCAACCAGGAAUUCAAUCCGGUGGAUGGUCAAGGUAAUGAUGAGAAGGCUACAGCUGAUGGUGAUGCUGGUGCUGCUGCAUCCGUCGCAGCAUCACAACAGGCCCAACCGCAAGAGGAAGAGCGGUACUGCUGGGUGUGCUUUGCGACCGAGGAGGAUGAUAAGGUAGCGCCGUGGGUGCAGCCGUGCAACUGUCGCGGCGCAACCAAGUGGGUCCAUCAGUCCUGCCUUAAGCGGUGGAUCGACGAAAAGCAGAAGGGCAACCCAUACAAGAGCAUCAGCUGCCCGCAGUGUCAAACACGGUACAUCAUCAUCCUGCCGACGAUGGGCAGCUUCGCCUUUCUGCUGGAGCGACUCGACAUCAUUGCGAAGCAGCUCAGCCCGGGUAUGGCGGCUGGGGCCAUCGUGUGCUCGAUCUAUUGGUCUGCCAUCACGUUUGGCGCCGUCACCGUGCUGCAGACGACUGGGUUCGAGCGGGGCCUCUCGAUGAUGGAGCAGGCCGAACCGAUUGCACUGCUGCUGUGUUUGCCGACCAUCCCGGUGUUGCUCGUGAUCGGGCGCAUGUUUCGCUGGGAGGACAUUGUUCUUCGCUUUCUGCAAAAUCGACAGUUUGACGUACGGAAGUAUCCCGUCAUCUCACUGAUGUUACCUGUCUCCAACGAACCGAGCCCGCGCUAUCCGGAACCGUACCCAAGCAGCACGGUUACAACCUCGGAACCACUCUCUGUGACGCGCAUAUUCUGUGGCGCACUAUUGCUGCCCACGGUGUCCACCGUCGUCGGGAAAAUUUUGUUCAAAUCCAUCAAGAACGAUCUGCAUCGUACGCUGCUUGGUGGAUUUGUGUUCGUUGCGGUCAAGGGUGUGCUGAAAAUUUACUUCCACCAGAAAAAGCAUAACCGUGCCAAACAGCGCCAAAUACUGGACUAUACACCCGAAAACGUGCGCAAGUACACGUUGCGAACCCAACCCCCGGAAGGCCAGCAUCAACACGGGCAGCAGGCAUCGCAGCUGGACCGUAACCGUGCGGACUUGGUCGAGGGAACCGGAUAGCAGCAGCAGCCGCAGUACUCGGUGUGAUAUCUACUAUGAACUGAGCAUACUGACUUAAUAUUCUAUUUUAUGUUUUGUUAUUCAUUUUUUAUGAAACACUCCAAAUUAAUUGAACUAAGUUAAUGUAGAGCGAUACUAGAGAAGAGUACCACUACCCUCUUCAAGAAUAAACUUUCUUUUAUUUCGUAAUGAAAAACA